CAGAAAUGGAGCCGACGUGUAGAAAAUGAAGUUUGAGAAUCCAACAAACUCAAGAAAACAGAUAGCUGGAGAAAUAAAAUGUAAAAUGUGAGUUCACGAACCUACCACGAAACAAUUACAGUAGUCAAUGGUGACGAAACAAGAGCGAAGUAGAGGCAAAUGGAGCAUCUUCAUUUUCCUUUCUCUCCUUCGAUUUCUUCAGAUGUGGACGAAAGUGCAGUGGAAGAGCUCCUCUCUCAAAUCAUUGACGAGGAAGUUCUCAGAAUUACUACCAAUCCAGUGGGAACUGCGUGUGGGCUCGACCCAGAACUGGAAGCCAGGUAUGCAAAACUCAGGGCACGAGGCUCGAACUUGCGACCACCUGCAACUUGUCUAGAAACCCAAAAACAUCAGGAUUCUUUUUCCAGUGACUCCAAUUCCACAGCACGGGGUGGUUCGAAUUGGAGCCCUAGUGAGCGCAAUUCUUCAAGAACUUUCAUGGCCUCGCCUUCUCACCGAUCGAGAUCGACCUCCCCCCCUCCUCCCAAGUCGUGCUUUUGUGGGUCACCCACAAAGCUGCUCAAAUCUCUCGGCCCUAAAAAAUCCCGGCGUUCUGAUAGCUCGAGGUUUGGUUCAGGGCAAAAAUCCCACCUUAUGUCUUUUGAUAAAAGUUCAUCGAUGUCUAAAGGAAAUGUGGUGAAGGAUAAGUAUACGAGCAGUUUGCAGGAUGAAUUGGAUUGUCUUUCCGAUGAAGAGUUGUUGACAGAUUUGACAUCUUUCUCGUUGAAGAACCAAAAGAAGGAACUCAAGAAAGCCAUGCAGGAAGAGCACAAGGUCAAUAAGGAUGCUGAGGAAUUGGUGAAGUGGGUAAAGCAGGCGUCUGCACGGAUGGAAGUCUCUGUUGUAGAUGAUGAUGAUGAAGAUUUUCUGUCUGAUGAUGAAGGAAAAAGGAAGUAAGAAUGUACGGGAUUAAUGUCCUUAUUGGCGUCUUCAUGCGCAUCUUAGGGUUCUUGUGUGGGGGUGGGGGUGCACUGUCUUUCAUACUUUGUUUUCUUGGUCGGUUGAGUAACUAAAGCUUAUCGUAUUAGUUUUGUCUUUGCAUUUUGAUGUGCAGUCUAGGUUUGUACCAUGAUGUUGUCUCUCUUGUUCAAUUCUUUUUGAGGUAUGUCCUAACAUCUGUUCAUGAUUUUGCCAAAUGUGAAUAUUGUGGCAUUACAUGGCUGCAGAGAUUAUAGAAUCUGUAACGAAUCUAUAGUAACCGGUGUAAGGUGAUAAUCAAUAAGUUGAAGUUAUAUAAAUAUAUACCCAGGUGGCAUAGCUUUUUCAAUA